AUGGCCUCGGGCCAACCCUUCGCGUCGCGCUCGUACGCCGGCACCAAACUUCCAGAUCGCUCCGCCAACGCGAACGCCAUGCCAUUCAGCGCCUCAUCAUUCUCUCGCCAUCGCGGCCUGGGGGCUACUGCUCCUGAAUUUGGCGGCGCCGAAGGUCCCAAGCAAUCACAGCAGGCCCCAGUGGUCCCGACCGCUGCGCAAUCGCACGGCCCAGCACAGGAUACGAAUCCGCUCAGUCGGUUAACCGAAGAGCAGCGAGAAGAGAUCAACGAAGCUGUAAGGAUUGAAAACCCCCCAGCCCCUAAUCUCCCGCUCCCUCAUUUCUACUCUACGCCGAGUCCCUUGCAUCGCAAAGUCAUCAUCUACGCUCUGAAGGAAGACGCUCAUGGUCCCCGGCAAAACCCACACUGCGCCCCCCACCAAUCCCCAUUUGCAAACAAUAAGCACAGAACCAAAGCACGAGAAAGGAAGAAAGACCAAGCUAAUCUCACUGCUCAUCUCUUCCCACAGUUCACUCUCUUCGACCUCGACCGCGACCGCCACCUCGACUACCACGAACUCCGCGUCGCCUUCCGCGCCCUCGGCUUCACUCUCGCCAAACAAGAACUCAUCUCCCUCCUUACAACCUACGGCGUCCCACGCCCCCAAGUCCAGCAGCAACAAGGCCACGCCAAUCCCCCGCAAGCGCCGAAGGGCAAUGCCGGCGCAAACCCGCACCACCCGUCUAACCUGCUCAUGCCGUUGUCAUCGUUCCAAGCCGUGACGGCGUUGAAGAUCCUCGAGCGUGACCCGCGCGACGAGAUCCUGCGCGCGUUCGAGCUGUUCGACGAGGGUGGUAAGGGGUUCAUUGAUCUGGAGGAUUUGCGGCGUGUAGCGCGGGAGUUGGGCGAGACAGGGCUGGAGGAGGAGGAGUUGAGGGCGAUGAUUGAGGAGUUUGAUCUGGAGGGAGCUGGGGGGGUGACGAGGGAAGCUUUGUGUGGGGAUUUGUUGGCAGUGAAAGGGGAAAGAAAGAGAAGGAGAAUGUGUGUGACGAGGGAGGACGUUCGUAUGGACGGCUGUGCUCUUGCUGCAUGGGGGUUUUUACGGUGUUGGGCUCUGGUGCUUUUUUACUCUCAUUGGUUUUUGGCCGACUGGUUCUUGUUUGGUAUUUCCACGGUGUUUUGUCUAUUUUUGUAG